AAUCGAUCAGAGAGAGGAAGAUGGCGGUGGACGGAGUCAGCGGGGUAGGAUCGAUCACCGAAAAACUCGAUUGGUGUGAGAACUGCUAACUGGGAAAAAACACACUCCGAAACAACGCGUGGCCAGCCCGUGUCAAACCGGCGGACAGCGGCGAUAACAAGGAGUGUACAGAUCCUGAGCCACCCUGCCAGCCUUCAGGAUGAUGGACUUCCCAUGGCACAGUGGGAAAGUUCUGGAGCAGCUCAACCACCAGCGCCAGCAGGGCCUGCUGUGUGACUGCACCUUCGUGGUGGACGGGGUGGACUUCAAGGCCCACAAAGCUGUGCUGGCGGCCUGCAGUGCCUACUUCCGAACACUCUUCCUGGACCAGAAGGAUGUGGUGCAUCUCGACAUCAGCAACGCAGCCGGUUUGGGACAGGUCCUGGAGUUUAUGUACACUGCCAAGUUGAGUUUAAGUCCUCAGAAUGUAGAGGAUGUGCUGGCCGUGGCUAACUUCCUACAGAUGCAGGAGAUUGUAAACGCUUGCUCUGCCUACCAGUCGGUCACAGUUCCGGCUCCGUCCCUCGAAGCAGAUGAUUUCACUGUCGAAAAAACAGAAGAUGGAGCACAGAGGCUGGAGGCCAACCUGGCAGAGGUGGCAUCACAGGCAGAGGAGAGCCCUCCAGAAAGCUCCUCCAUAGACGGUCCAGAGUCCACAGUCAGUCAGGGGAAUGUGACGGAAGACUCUGCCGCUGAAGCACAACAGAUGGUUUGUAACCCAAACCCCACCCGAAGCUACUCGGGCCGAGGACGACCCCCUAAAAACACCUCCCUGUCUGUGCAAAAGAAGACGCCUGUAAAGAAGGGGGAUGAAAACGCUGUGAAAGAUGUGCCGGAGUUUCAGGAUGACCCCUCUGACGCCGACUACACACCCAAAUCAGUGUUGAAGUCUGAAGGCAGCUCGUCCUACAUGAGCUCCCGGGGGAGAAGAAUCAGAAAACCUCCCCGACGAAACUUCCCACCCGACAAUGACUCAGAGGAUGAGGCUGCCGCAAAGAGUCAAAAAGAGAAGAAGGCAGUGGAGCAGGUGGAGCCAGCAGAGCCAGUGGAUGAAUCUGGAGGACACGAGGAAGAGGCUGAUGAAGGAGAGGCUGAUGAUGAUGAUGAUGAUGAUGAUGACGAUGAUGAUGAGGUGGCUGGAGGAGAAGAUGACGAGGGCAGCCAGGAGAUGGAGGGCAUUGAGUCGAGUGGCGCGAGAGACGGGAGGCCGACACCGUCAGGAGCUAUCAGCAGCCGAUCUGAGUCAAAGCCUUACAGCUCCGUUACCCACAAAUGUGAGGACUGUGGGAAGAAGUUUACCCAUACGGGAAAUUUCAAGAGACACAUCCGCAUUCACACAGGAGAGAAGCCAUUCAGCUGUCGGGAUUGCAACAAGGCUUUCUCUGACCCCGCUGCCUGUAAAGCCCAUGAGAAAACACACAGCCCUCUGAAACCGUACUGCUGCUCUACCUGUGGAAAGAGCUACCGCCAGAUCAGCCUGCUCAACCUCCACCGGAAGCGCCACACAGGCGAGGCACGCUACAGCUGCGAGGAGUGCGGCAAGCUCUUCACCACAUCUGGCAACCUGAAGCGCCACCAGCUGGUGCACAGCGGCGAGAAGCCGUACCACUGCAACUACUGUGAGAAGGCCUUCUCCGACCCCACCGCCAAGAUGAGACACCUGGAGACCCACGACACGGAGAAGGGAAACAAGUGUCCGCACUGCGACAAGCGCUUCAACCAGGUGGGGAAUCUGAAGGCUCACUUAAAAAUCCAUAUUACAGACGGUCCUCUCAAGUGCAAAGAGUGUGGCAAACAAUUUACCACUUCAGGAAACUUGAAGAGACACCUGCGUGUUCACAGUGGAGAGAAACCGUACGUCUGUGUACACUGCCAGAGAGCCUUCGCUGACCCCGGUGCUCUGCAGCGGCAUGAGCGCAUCCAUACAGGAGAGAAGCCCUGCCUCUGUCUUAUCUGUGGUAAGGCCUUCACCCAGGCCAGCUCGCUCAUCGCCCACGUCCGGCAGCAUACCGGAGAGAAACCCUACGUCUGCGACCGCUGCGGCAAGAGGUUUGUGCAGUCCAGUCAACUGGCCAAUCACAUCCGCCAUCAUGAUAAUGUCCGUCCACACAAGUGUCAGAUGUGCAAUAAAGCAUUUGUGAAUGUGGGAGAUCUGUCCAAGCACAUCAUCAUUCACACAGGAGAGAAACCCUUCCUGUGCGAUAAAUGCGGUCGCGGGUUCAACCGGGUGGACAACCUGCGCUCCCAUGUCAAGACCGUCCAUCACGGCAAGGCUGGCAUGAAGCGCUUGGUGGUUGCCGGGGGCGGCACGGACGAGGGGACCGACGGCUACACCGGAGCAUCCACUUCAGACAGCGAGAUCAACAUAGUUACCGUCACCACAGAGGACAUCGUCACCUUGGCAACAGAGGCUCUGGCUGCCAGUGCUGUAGCUCAGCUGACAGUAGUUCCAGUGGCUGCCUCUGUGUCUGCAGAUGAGACUGAGGCACUGAAAGCUGAAAUCACAAAGGCUGUAGAGAAAGUGCAAGAAGCAGACCCCAACACCCAGAUCUUAUAUGCUUGUGAUUCGUGUGGCGAUAAGUUUCUAGAUGCCAGCUCUCUGGCCCAGCAUGUCCGCAUGCACACAGCGCAGGCCCUGGUCAUGUUCCAGGCAGACUCCGACUUCUACCAGUACACCACGGCCACCGCUGCCGAGGGGGAUACCACGACAGCGUGGCAACCCACUGCUGAACAGGUCAUCCAAGGGGGGGAACUGAUCUUCCGCACACAGGUUGGAGAGGGGGAAGCGGAGGGAGAUGUGGUGGGGGAGAGCCAAGAUCGAGCAGAGGGGCAAGGAGGGGGAAGUCAAGAGGAGGAGAGGGAGGAAGGACAGGAUGGAGACGCGGAAAACCAAACCGAGCUGCAGAUGAAGGUGAAAGACGAAGCUUCAGCGGAGGCUAAGGAGGACAGAGGAGAAGCCAUGGACUGUGAGAGUCAGACUCAGGCAUAAUGUGGCCAAGUCUUGAAAGGGAUGAAUAAUGUGAUUAAUAACAGAUCUAGAUAAAAGCAGGAGAAGAAGGAAAUAUCGGAAAAGAAAUUUCCCUGAUGCUGACAUAUGGCCAAGGGGAAAUGUAAACCCUGGCUGAACUGUAUUUAUAAUUUAUAAUGUGCAACACUUUUUCAAUAGUUUUAUCUUAAGGUACAGUAUACAGUCAAAAAUUAUGCUUUUGUCAGUCCGAAUUCCUCCUAACAAUGUGAUUACUAACCACAACUGCUAUAUUUUAUCUGUGGUUUGGUAAAUAUUGUCAAAGUCCUUCCAAAGAUAGUUCUAAUUUGCACAGGUUGUUUAUUUUUUUAGACUAAAAUGCAGAAUUGGGCAAGGCCCUGAAUAUAAUUUUUACCAAAGCAUAUAACACAAAUUAUUUUCCAUUACUCUAGUCUUACCUUAUGUGACUUAAAAAUAAUAUUGGAUGAAACGUGUACAUUUUCCUCAAAUGGUCCCCGUAUUUUGCUAUACUUAGUGGAAGUAUUUUCAUGGAAAGCACAUUGUACAGAUGUUAUCUUUAUGAAUUUGUGCCGUGGUACUAGAAAUGUCAGUGGGAAGGUCUCUAGAUAGCUUCUUCUGUCUUAUGUUAGUGUCUUGGCAAACACUGUAAAUACUGUGCAUGUUUAAUAAUUUACUAUUUGUUAUGUGUCCUCUAAAGAAGUCUUAAUGCCUCUCUUAAAAGCUAUAAAGAAAUAUGUUUAGUGAGGAGACACUGGAAAACCUUUUUCAGUUUCACAAUGACAUCUAUCAAUUGUUUUUCUUUAUUGCAGUAAAUAACUCACUGGGGAAUUCCCUGUCACUGUUAAUUUUAUGACAUUUCAUACUCUACAAAUACCAGAAACAUUGUUUAGACCCACUGUAACUCACCCACUGAUCAAUAAAGCAUCUUCAUUCACAGUA